UGGUUGGAACUUCCUCUCUCCCAGCCUUCACACCUUCACACCACAGUUCCUCAUGACACCUGUUCUUCUCCAGACCUACCCUGUCAGCGGUCUGCACUCCCUUGUUAGGAAAACUGAGAAGGAAAGAAUGGCCAUGGAUUUGCUGCCCACUAAGGUGACAGGGUCUGUGACAUUCAGGGACGUGGCCGUGCUCUUCAGCCAGGACGAGUGGCUGCGCCUGGACUCCGCACAGAGAACCCUGUACCGGGAGGUGAUGCUGGAGAACUACGGCACCCUCGUCUCGCUGGGGAUUCCGUGCUCAACGCCGAAGGUGAUCUGCCAAUUGCAACAAGGAGAAGACCCCUGCCUGGUGGACAGGGAACUUCCUCAAGAUGCUUCUCUAGAGGUGCCACCAUUAUGCUUCUGACUCGUUCCAGGUCUC